AUGAAAAAAGAGUUCAAAAUAUUGGCUUUGCUAAUUCUUGCUUCAACCUCUUGCGUAGUAUUUGCCUAAAAUACUUUCACUGAUACAAAAACCUAAACCAUCAAAUCCUGUCACUUCACUUGUUCUAAAUGCAACGACUCUACAGAUCUUUGUAAUGAAUGCUAGAGCAGCAUGAGCUUUUAUGUUAAAGAAAACUCAAAAUUCAGAUGUUUCUAAUCAUGCCCAAGAGGAUAUAUCCCAUCUAGUAAUGACUAUUCAAGUCUUUAAUAAAUUGAAUGUAUCCUAGAUAAUUCAAAUAUUACAAAAGAUCAAGAUACUUUGUUAAAAAAGUAUUCCGAUAUAUGUGGUCUCUCACAAUUCUGGGAUGGAAACUCUUGCUAAAACUGUUCAUUAAAUUGUCUUAACUGUUCAAGCUUAUCGAUGUGUGAAGAAUGCCUUUCUGGAUACUUUUGGGAUUAAAAUUCAUAGAAAUGCUCUUAAUGCCAUUCUUCAUGCACAACAUGCAAAGGACCAAAUUUUAACGAUUGUAUUAUUUGCGCCUCAUUGCAAAGCUUUUAUCCUGAUUCUAAUGGUGUCUGUGAUUAGUCAGCUUAAAAGAUUGAUUAUAACAUUUAAAUUACUAAGAAACAAGAUUCGAUUUCAAACACAAAAAUUUGCUCAUAAAACUUGAAAUUAAACCCAACAAGUUACUCAGUUCAAUACAAAAAUCUCUAUCUUUAAAAUGAUCCUAAAUGGUCUGGAGUCGAGCUUGUAGAUUCAGCACAAUGCUAAAUUUAGAGUUUCGCUUAGAAGUACUCAAACUUAAAAGACUAAAUCUCUAAAUGCCAAUACAAUUAAAUUUCUAAGAGUACUAUGGGUGUUAAAGGUUAGUUAAUAACACAUUAUGCUACUAUACUUAGCUAACACCUAGCUCAACUAAACGGGGCUUUAAUAAACCCUUAAUUACUGAGUGAUUUCAUAAAUAAAUAAUAGCUUUAAAAUAUUAUAUACAUGAAAAAAGCAAAAUCUGACUUUACUUGCGACUAACUUUCUUGUGAAACACAAAUUAACUCUUACAUUCCAUUUAUUUCAACUUCUUCUAACACCAAGGUUUCUUUGAGAGUAUCUAAAGAAAUUACAAUGACUUAGAAUGGAAAAUUAGUAGAUUGUUUCGAUUAGCAAUCUCAAUCUAAUUAAAUUGACGAUUAAAAACUUUAAGAAGCAGAAUUUGCCUUUAUUUAGGCAGCUGCAAGCUAAAAGUCUUCAAGAGUGAAAAUGUAUGCUAUAGUUGAUGUCUGUGGUAGAACAACUAAUAAACCUAAUAGAGUACAAUUUUCAUCUUUACUUGUUUCUAGUUACUACGGAAAUGGAUUUUUCUCAGCAACUAGAUCAGAUGUUUCAGGCUCCGAAUAAAUCCAGCAACUUUACUUGUAAGGAGCUGAUAAGACUUAAAAUUCAAAUUUAAAAAAGUGCAACCAAAUGUUUACUAACUAGUAUGACUCAUUUUCUAUCUUAAAAGUCAAAUUUUUAGAAGUCCAAGAAGUGGAUAGCGUGUUUGAAAAAGAAAAUAACAGAUAUACUUAAUAUUCAACAAUGGCUAAUAAAAAAUUACAAUAAUAAUAAUCAAAUUUAACUCUUUGCUCAGACCUAGACUUAGGUAGUUUUAUAAUUUAAAAUGAUAACCAAUACAAUCAGCUUUAACUCACAGUUUCUCCUCUAAAUAAAAUUCUGACAACAUAGAUAGAUUUAAAUGAUAUAAAAUAAUACUUAAAAAAUUUCCAAAUUGACGAAAAUGCUUUAAAAUCCAAUAAAAUAAUUUUAUCCGAAAAUUAAGCCUAGUAAAUUUUUAAUUUAUACGUCAUAGAUAUAAAAGCCUAAGCACAAUAAUGCUAUUCAAAUAUUUCUAAAGCUCCUUAAAACAUAUAAAUAACAUUAUUCGAUUUCUUUAAAUCAAAUGGAAAGAAAUGUGAUUUAAAGAAUGAGAUAAUUAAAGCAUUAGAUUAAAACGAUCUAACUCAAUUAAUUUCUUUAAUCCAAUCUAGUAAUUGGUGCUCUUAAAAUUAAUCUAGAUGUCGGGAUUAAGAAGAUUUCUAUGAAAGAGAUCUUGCGAAUUUAUUAGCUACCAUCAUAAGGAAAGAAUUCGAAAUUGAAAAAUUAAGAAGUUUAUUAUGCGAAAAUGACAAAUUUGAAGUUACUGAGGCUUUUAAGUCACUAGAUAUUCAUGGACAUGGUUACCUUACCUCAAAUGAUAUAAAAUUAUUUCUAUCAAAGAAUCAUGUUAUGACCAGAGAAAAAGAAUGCGAUUUUCUUGUUUAUGUGUUUGCUAAAAAUCAUUUGAGCAUAAGCUUUCAAGAAUUUUUAAAAAUCAUUCUCCCUAAAUAAGACGAUAACUUAAAGGAAUAAUGCUUAGAGAGAAGAAAAUUUAGACCAUCAAAUUAGAAACCCACUCUUCCUUUUUACAUUGAAGAAUAACUUUCAAAAAUAUUUGAACUAGAAAUAUAAUUUAUCAGAGAAACAGAAGCUUAAAAAAUGGAUAUUAUGAAUAAUUAUGGUUGGAAUUACAGAGAGUCUUUUAAAAGAAUAGCUCGCCCAGGUUAAUAUCAUAUUGAUAAAUAAGCAUUCUAUGCUUUUAUGAUUUAGAAUCAAAUUACAGAAUUUAGUGAAAACAGUUUUAAAUAUGUGCUCAUAAGAUUCAAUAAGGAUAAUAACGAUAUAAUAACCAUGGAUGAAUUUUGCCAAGCUAUUUUCCCUAGCGAUUAUUUAGCCGAUAAUCCUAUGAUAAAUGAAAGAAAAAAAAAUCCAUAUUUAAGAUAUGUUAAAGGAGAUGAGUAGGAAUUUUAUGAAUAUGUUACAAGCACUUAAAGAUAGUUUGACGAUUAAGAUAACUUUAACUAGGAGGAAUUUGUGUAUAGAAAUGAUGUAGAUAAUUAUAAUGCUUAAGUAAAAAGGUAGGGAGUUGAAUAGCCUAGAAAGUUUUUAAAAACAUCUGUUUAAUAUGAAAAUACUCAAAAUGUAAGGCCUAUGGUUGGAAUAGAAUACAUAGAGUUAAAGGAUGAUUAUCCAACUUUGAAUUAAUUUUUAAUGAAGGUAGGAAAUAAUUAAAACUAUUAAUAUUUAAAACAAAAAUUGAACGGGUCUAUUGUCUAGCAAAGAUAUGUUAGCCCUCAUAGUUAAUCAACUUAACCUAAUCAAAAUGUUGCAACAUAACGUGAUGAAAAAUUUUUAUCUCAAAGAGAUUUCUAAUACAGCAACAGAUCACCAAUUAAUUACCUUUCCUCACAAAAGAAUCUUUAUCUAGAUUAUGAAAAUUUUAGUAAGUAAAAAGAAUAUUUAUCUAGCCCUGAAGAUUAUUUUUAAGCUCAACCUAGACAUGCUGCAAAUCCUAAAAACUACCCUAUGAGAUAUGAUAAAUAUCCAACAUUUUAAUAAAAUUUAAAUGAAAAUUACAGCUAAUUAGCCAAUAGCUAUCUUUUAAAAUCGUAAAUUCAUGCCGAUCAUCCAAUCAGAAGUUCUAUGCCUAUAAAGCCUGUUGGACAUAAUGCCAGUACUGCUAAAUUCGAUCUAUAGCCUAACUUUAGGAGUCAGAUUUCUGGUGAAAAAAUAUAACCUUUUAAAGGUGAAGAUUUUACAAAAAGUAGAUUUGAAUAAUGA